AUGAAUCUCGUCAAAUACACCAUCACGCAUAUUGCGCCUGUCUUCAUCGUUACGUCGCCGGUGACGUCCUACGGAGAUCAGAUAUGGUCGAUGAACCGGAAUCGCUCGUCGGCGGGCUUUUCGCUCGAUAUUCCCCUCAUCAUGCUGGUGGCGUCCAUUCUCAAGGUCUUUUACUGGUUUGGGGCCCGCUACGACUUUCCUCUGCUCAUCCAGGCUUCGGUCAUGAUAGUGGUGCAAGUGGUACUGCUCCACAUCGCGCUCAUCUACCGACCACCUUUUGGAGCGCAGCACAGUCUCAACAAGCCUUUUGCGGGAGCUUCGGAAGGUGAUGAUCUCGUGAGCAGGCCUUAUAACUUCUGGCAGUGGAGAAGUCGACGACCUUAUUGGCAGUUCCUUGCUUACUUCACCGUGACCUUGGCGGCGCUGCAAUUCCUCGUCGGGACCAACGAACUUUACAUCGGGAUCCAAGGAUACGUGGCCUUAGGCGUCGAGGCCGUUCUGCCAAUCCCACAGAUUCUAGAGAACCACAAGAGCCGAUCCUGCAAGGGCUUCCGAUUGAGCGUGCUGGUCAACUGGUUGAUUGGCGAUGCUUUCAAGAUGACCUAUUUCUUCUUGUCUGAGGGUGGAGUGCCUUGGGCUUUUAAGCUUUGCGGCCUUUUCCAAGCUGCCUGUGAUUGUUACCUUGGCGUUCAAUACUGGAUGUAUGGCGAAGGGGAGAGUGUGAUGAAUGGAGAAGAGAAAGACCCAAGACUUGCUUGA